CCCUCCUCCCCGCAACUCAUCCCAUGACCCAACAGCACACGCCAUUCACUCGUUCCGUCGCUCGCGUUUGUCAUUCGGGAUGGAGCAACAUGGCGGACGUGAGACAUGAAGUACGGGUUGAAGAGCGUUUAAAAAUAAAAAUCGGUGAAGCAAAAAAUCUCCAGUGUCGUAGUCAUGGUUCAGUUGGUCAACGUGAUGUGUACUGCACAUUGACACUUGAUCAGGAAGAAAUUUUCCGCACUACUACUAUCGAACGAACUCUAAACCCCUUCUUUGGUGAGGAGUUUCAAUUUGAAGUACCAAGAAAAUUUCGCUAUCUGUCAGUGUAUGUUUAUGACCGGGACCGUCAUCUGAAACAGGACAAGGUGCUGGGGAAGGUAGCCCUGAAACGUGAGGAACUGAAUAGCUAUCACAAUAAAGAUCAUUGGUUCCUCAUUCGACCCGUUGAUGCAGAUAGUGAAGUUCAGGGCAAAGCACAUAUAGAAGUUAAAAUUGAACCUGUUGUAAAAUCAGUUGACAAUGAGCAACAGAACAGUAGAGCAGUUGUGAGGCUUAUUGAGUGCAGUGACCUGACAAUAAAAAAUGGAAACUGUGAUCCAUUUGCAACUGUAACUAUGUGCUAUUCUAAUGGCAAGCAAGAAACAAAGAAGACAAAAGUUAAGAAAAAAACUGUUUCCCCUCUGUUCGACGAAGUCUUGACAUUUGAACUUCCAGGUUUGCAUGGCCAGAAUCAUGACAGGGAUACAUAUUCAAUUCAGCAAGAAGAUGUUGAAUUCAAUGAACUUCGUGUGAGCCUGUGGCAUGAUGCACCAGGGAUGUCAGACAAUGUAUUUCUUGGAGAAGUUCGCAUACCUUUGAGGGAGCAGCAACAGCAGCAGUUAGCAAGUACAAAUGCAUGGUAUUUCCUGCAGCCCCGAUCUACUAAAAACCGACCAAGUAAAUCUGUUGGCAAUGGUUCAGGCGUGUUGGGAAGUCCAUCCGACAGUCUUGGAUCUCUCAGAUUAAAGAUUCACUACACAGCUGAUCAUGUGUUUCCUAGUCAUGUGUACAGCCAGCUGCGUUCGUUAAUAUUACAAAGUGUUCAUAUUGAGCCAGUCACAUCGAGUGCAGCAUAUAUACUUGGAGAGAUAGUGCCUUGCAAGUUGGAUGCAGCCCAACCACUCGUGAGAGUGUUUAUGCACCAUGGAGAAAUCGUUCCAAUGAUUCGCGCACUUGCACAGUGGGAGAUUUCUAAAGUCACUGAUGCAAAUACAAUUUUCCGCGGUAACACUUUGGUUUCAAAAAUGAUGGAUGAAGUCAUGAGAUUAGCUGGUCGCCACUACUUACAUAACACACUUAGACCAGCCAUUGACCUCGUUUUCCAGGAACGCAAACCAUGUGAAAUAGAUUCCAGCCGUUGUAAGGAUCCUAGUAUAAUACAAACAAAUUUAGCUAAUCUUAAGGAGUACGUUGAAAUUAUAUUUCAAGCCAUCACAUCAUCAGCUCUCCAGUGCCCCACCGUCAUGUGCCAGCUAUUCCAUGAUCUCAAAGAGUUAGCAAGUACUCACUUCAAAGAUAAUAAGGAAGUCAAGUAUUCAGUUAUAUCUGGUUUCAUCUUCCUCAGGUUUUUUGCCCCUGCCAUUUUAGGACCGAAGCUGUUCGAUUUAACAACAGAACAAAUAGACUCCCAGACAAAUAGAACUUUAACUCUUAUUUCCAAAACAAUACAAAGUCUAGGAAACCUUGUAAGUUCACGGUCUUCCCAGCAAACAUUCAAAGAAGAAUAUAUGGUUGCAAUCCACCGAGAGUUUUAUACAGAAAAACAUAUUGAAGCUGUGAGACAGUUCUUGGAAAUAAUCUCAGCUUCGUCCAACCCAGGUCAUAGAAGUUUAGACUCUCCUGUUGUUCUCAAGGAAGGAGUUAUGAUAAAGCGGGCCCAAGGUCGGAAAAGGUUCGGGCGUAAGAACUUCAAGCAGCGGUACUUUAGACUGACUACUCAAGAUCUCACAUAUUCAAAAACCAAAGGAAAGGAACCACUUUGUUCUAUUCCACUGGACAAAAUACUGGCUGUAGAACGACUACAGGAAGACUCAUUCAAGAUGAAGAAUAUGUUUCAGAUUGUUCAGCCAGAGAGAGCUUUAUACAUACAGGCAAAUAACUGUGUUGAAGAAAAAGAAUGGAUUGAUAUUUUGACAAAGAUAUGCCAGAGGAACAGCAAUCGACUGAAACGAUACCAUCCCUCCGCCUAUAUCAAUGGAACUUGGCUGUGCUGUAGGUCAUCAAAUGAAUUUGAACCAGGAUGCAAGGAUGUCUCACCAGGUUCCGAAGCAGGUCUUCAGAUGAAUUUAGAUCCUGACCGAGAAUUACAGAGAAUUCAUUCUUUAUUUAUUACACAUAUGGCUAAAGUGGAAAGUCUGAAAGAGUCCUGUGAAUGUCAAGCUGUAUAUACUGGUGAUCUGUGUUUCUUGCCAAAUUUUGUUAUUGAAGAUGUCCAGUCAUGUUUCAAGACACUGACACAAAUCUGUGAAGCUGCUUAUGAAUUGGAACAAGAACAUCGAAAUUACUUAAGAUCUUUGGCUCGUGAAACUAAGUAUGGGAGCAAGCAAGCACCAAUUGGCGAUGACAACUACCUGUUACUUGCUGCUAGUUUUGGACGUAUGGACAACAGUAUCUUAAGAAAGACUUGCAGUAUACCUAACUGACAAUUACUUCUUUCAUCUUCUGUGAAGUAUGGGAGACUGUUGCUCCAACUAGAGCUUAUUUGGUGCUGUGAAGUUGAUGUUUAAGAAGAUUAAGUGGUAAAAUUACAGAGCUGGUACAUCAGUGGUAUUUUUUAUUUUUUCAGUUCUUUAAAAUUAAGCAUGUGAAAUUACAUGUUUAAUAUCAGAAAAGUGUAAUUGUGAGGUUCUGAGAAGACAGAAAUCACAGUGGCAGUGUUCAAAAAGGUAGAGUUGAGAUUAAUUUUUUUUUGUAGAAUUUUUUAUUGUACAAUAUGCAUAUGUUCUUGCAUGCAAACAUCCAUAUGCAUAGGAGUGCACAUGGCAAGUGCAAUAAAACAGCCAACUAGAUACUGACUAGAACAUAAAAUUUCUGCUAGAAAUAAAAGUGCAUUUGUGAUAACACAAAAUGGACACCACGUUACUGCUGUAUAUUUAUAGUUGCAAAAACUGUAAGGUACAAUAAGAAAAGGGCAUUUGUAGGGACUGAUAGAUGAUAUGUUCUCAUUAUGCUGUUGGACAUUUUUAAAUGCAAAGUUUGGUGCUGUUAUAUGAUAAGAAAUCUCAUUUGUAAGAGUAUUGUGUGAUUGGGUAACUGGAAGCAUUUAGUCAUAUUGACAUUGUUCUGUAUCAAUCACUUACUUUUGUUUUAACUCUCAUUCCAUUGUGUAAGACUUGCACACCACACACAACAAAAGUGUUUUACUACUCACUAAUUCAUUGCUUUAUGAAAUGUGACUCAUAAAUUAUUUUAUAAAUUGUAUUGCAUGCAAAGGUUUUCAUUUCUGUAACAAUAGGUGCUAUUAUAAAUAUAUUCCCUGAGUUGUUGACAGCUAAUAUUAUAAUCCACAAAUGCUGAUAAUGUUUGAAGAACAGAUCACAAAUUAUUCAUUACAUAACACAAAAUUUUCACAUGCCUCCUUCCAUAGUACUUUCAAGUGCAUUAUUUAUAGAGAACAUUCACCUGAAUAUAGAGAGAUCAUGUCAAUAUUUAAAAAUUCCUAGCACUGUUUUCUCUUACAAGUAUGCAUUCCAAAACGAACUUUAAUUAGAUGUGAUUGAUUGAUUGUAGUUGGGCAUCACACCCUCAGUAAAUUCCAAGGAGGAUAUGGUCAUUUCCCAAACGACUUCAGCUACACUGACAUCAAUGCUGUCUCUCAAAUUUUAUGGAGUUACAGCAAAACUGUCUCUACACUCACAAAUAAGUUACUAUUCUCUUCACACUGACUUCUCUUGAACUGAUCAUGUUCUGAACUUCAGUGUGAGUUUUCCAUUGAAGAGUUUAUUCAUGUAACACCACGUGUACACUCUUGGCACAGAGUAAAUUUGUGCCCAACAAAUGGGGAACAGUCCAACUACAAGCUUUCUUUACUAUUGAGUUUUACUGAAUGGUAACAAAAUCUGUCAUUACCACUUUCGUCGUAUGUUGAUGAUAAUUUCCUGACUUCCAUAGUGAUUCAUAAAAGGAAUACUGCUCUGAACUUAAAUAUAUUAGUUACUUACAUUACCUCAUUAGCUGCUACAGAGUCCUUAAAACAGUUCUCUGACUGGUCAAACACAGAGUGCAAUAGUUUAGCUACAAGUAAACAAAAAUUUAUUUUUAAUAUUUAACACAAAUUUGCCAUCUGUGCUUCAGAGAACCCUUAUCAGCUUGAAUGGUACUGUGAAACAGUGCAGCCUCAGUAGAAGAAAGUAAACUGUAUGGUCUACAAGUCAACCACAAUGUUAUUGCACCUGAGUGUGAGGGCAUUUCAGUCAGCUCAUGAGUUUACUUUUGCACUUGAAGUCCUUCAGAAUAUGCUCUGCUUUUCUGACAACCAGACGACUUGUUCUUGAAGCUAUUCAGACUCCACAUUGUAUACAACAGUAAAAAGAAA